UGUUCAACAGUCAAAACUGAGUUCGACAUUAAUGGGCCAUGGGAAAUUCAACAUAGAUAACAAUAUGCUCCAUGUUGGUUAUAAAACUGGAACUCGAACAGCAAGAUUGUGACGAACUAUACAGUCGACAAAACAUGGCGUCAAAUCCGCUAAUUCUGAUAUUUGUGACCAUAUUCCUGACAGUCUAUGCUCUUCCUACAGCAUUUGCCAAUGGUGGACAAGGUUGCUAUGCGCCACCGAUGGUCUACGGAUCAGAAUGCAGGGACGAAUCAUUCCUAUCUAGUGGUCCAGGACUCGACGUUCAAUAUACGAUCAACGUAAAGGAAAACACACAGCUAUGCUGCAAAGCCUUGUCAUGCAGACAUAGUUGCAGUUUUGUCGAUAUCGGAUGUGGUAGCGGGAGUUGGCAUUCCACCACUUUACCUUGGGGUUAUAGCCCUUCUUUCGUGCGGGUUAAAUGUAAAGGUAACCCGUUGGGAUCUUCCUUUACAUUUGGGUACCAAUAACUUCAUAACGAUAAGAUAAAGUGACCUAUUUGACUUCUCUUGAAAACGAUAUGUAGUUGUUACAAAUUUGAUCGUUUUUGUCCUUUAAUUGCUACUGAAUUUGAAAUUAAAGCAUCUAAAAGAAAUAUGAA